AUGCUGCUUGCUGCGGUUGCUGCAGUUGGAAAUGAUGCAAAUGCCGAUGCGGCCACGAAGGCAGCAGCUGCUGGCCUGGCUGUGGCCUUCCUAGGAGCAGAGAUUGGUCUGACGGCAGAAGAACAAGCACACUUUGCGGCUCAAGCAGCACAAGCGGCUGCAACAGCUGCCUCAGGCGAGUUGGGUUCGUUCGGCAUCCGUGCAAGUGGUGUGGCUGCUGUACUGUCUGGACUGCGGAACAAUGCCUCAUCCACAGUGGCAGAGAUUGCGGCCUUAGCUGCACAGGCGGCAGCAGACACGGCUGUACGCUUUGGCCUCUCUCCAAUUGAUGUGGUGCGGGCUGCUGCCAUGGUCGCAGCGGAUGUCUUUGACCUUGCUGCUGAUGACACAGAGGAUGGCUCUGAGCUGCAUGAUGGUUGGGAUGACUUCGACCCGAUCGGUGCGGCGCCCUCUGAGUCAGGUUGGUCAGAGCCCAGACAUUCGAUCCAGGUUGAGCAUGAGCCCGAGCUUAGCACUGCCCACGAGGUCCAACCAGGUCCUCGGCUACCAAGAGCACGACCUCAACGAGACCAUGGAGCUGCAGCCCCUACACCCCAUGACAACACCCGGAACGAUGUGAACACUGUCGACGCCUUUGCCGGGACCAGCCCUCAGACGGCAAUGAGUCAGACCUCGGACAGUUCCACGACAUGGAAUUCCCGGAAGGGACCUGAGCCUGGCAUCAAAUGGAAGUCGGGCCAGUAUCCUGCUGUCCCGACAUGGAAGUACGACAGUCAGGACAUGCGUGCCUUCGCAAAGUACAAGAAAAAGAUAGCAAUCUGGCAGCUUCAAAUGAAGGCCUACGCCACGCCGAAAGAGCAGGCCCUGUUGGUCUACAACUCCCUCACGGGAGAACCUGAACAAGAAUUGGAACACAUGGCCAUCGAGGACUUCUAUGUGGAGGACGGAGUCCAGCGAAUUCUCCAAAAGCUGCAGCGACCUUUUGAACAACGCCUUUCCCAUGCUGAUCAACGCCUCAUACUGGUGGGCGCGCAACAAAGCCUGGACUUUGAGGCCAUUGCUGAAUGCCUCACACUUCAGUGGCCAGAGUUCAGAGCUCCUCCACCAGUCGUGAACAAAGACGGCAAGGGCUUGGGCAAAAGUGGGAAGAACAACAUGAGCACUUCAUCCUCCUCGAGCUCUACUUCAUUCACCUCCUCUUCACAGACUUCCAAAGGAAGCGGAAAGGGGAUUCCUCGGCGACAAGCCUUUGUCGCGAACGCGACUGAGGCACCACCUGAGGACGAUGAUGAGUUUCUCGAGGUGAUCGACGAGGAGCCCGAGCAGGAAGAAGAAGGCCAUGAAGGCCAUGAUGAGACGGCAGAUGCCGGAGAAGCAGAUGAUGACGGCCAAGAGGCCGACCUUUCGGAGAUCGCGGACAUCCUCACCGUGACGGCUCGCAAGCUCUCUGGAGUGACGCUUGGAAGGAAGUUCACCACCUCCAAUCCAUCGAAGAAGACACGGCUUCCUCCAGAAGAGCUCAAGAAGGUUACUCACUGUUCCGCCUGCGGCGGAUUGGGCCAUUGGGCCGGUGAUGCACAGCGGCAAGACUCCAUUUGGUUCCACGGGAUUCCUUUGGAGGGCAUUCCCACCUUACGACGCUGUUCAAGCUCCAGUCCCCUUGCCGAAGGACUGCGACCAUGCCAAAGUGAAGCGUCGUGGCAACGCUCACGGACGGUUUGCAACCUGCCUCACAUGCCACAUGAAGUGGCGAUGGAACGCAACCGUCGAGAAGUGGGAAACAAAGGUCUCAUCGCCCAGCUCUUCUACGCCAUUGCAGCCAUUGCCGGCGCCAUCCUCAGCAACGAUCCUCAGGGAUUCAGAAGCGGCAAUGUUGAGCAAGGGAGUCAAAGCGAAGCCAAAGCCGACGAAGCGGCCGGGCUAUGCCAAGACUACUUCAUCGGCGAGCUCUACGGCAAGCGCGUCCCAGAGGUUCUGGACGGACUUCAGUGCAUGGGAACUGAAGACGGAACACCUGCCGGCGGACCUUCAACACGAGGUAUGGCAGAUCUGCGAACAAGCUUCACCUCUGGACGCCGAGCCCGCCAACAUGACGGAGUACAUGUUCCUGAACGAGCUCAGCUUCGAGGCUCAGCGCACUUCAAUGGAGAAGACGGCAGAUCAGCGCCGACACCAGCGCCUCAUGGAGCUCGGAGUGAUUCCACAGCAGGAGAUCCACCUGGACGACGAGGGCGAGACCUUCGACUGGUCACUCCAGGACUUGCAAACCGCCUAAGAGGCAUGUGGAAAAGGAGCUAUGAGGUCCUCGAGAUGGAGCGCAAGACCUACCUGGUUGGCAAGACCGUGGCAGAUCGACCUCCUCCGUAUGUUGAUUUGCUUGAACUGUUUGCAGGCACCGCCACGAUGUCUUCAUUGGCCCAUCACUAUGACCUCAUCGCCAUGGAGCCCCAGGACUUGCUCUAUGGCCAGAACUUCAAGGACCGUGCAACCAGAGACCGGAUCUUCCAGAUGAUCAAGACCUAUAAGCCCUGGCUGGUGCCCAUGGGCGUUGAUUGCCGGCUCUGGAACCACUUCUCCAAGAACAUGAAUUGGAGCUCUUCAGAUCGGCUGGCACUCCUCGAAGAGCUUCGUGAAGAGGAACGGGAACUUCCCCGUUUUGCGACAAAGGUGGCAAGAGAACAAUUGGCCAAUGGUCGAUACUUCCUCAUCGAGAACCCUCUUAGGUCUGAUCUCUGGACCCUCGAUGAGAUUCAAGCUUUGAUGCAAGAGCCUGGCGUAUGGUCUACGACCUUGGAUGCUGGGGCCUUUGGUGCUGAGAUAGAUGGCGACCCCAUCAUCAAGACCAUGCGAUGGAUUGGCAAUCAACCUGGCUUGCAUGAGGCCUAUCCAGACCUUCUGUGCUGCACCAUCUUGCAAGAGCUUCGUGGAUUGGUUGCGCAACAUGAACCACAUCGGUUUGGGCCGCCACUUCAUCAAGUUAUGGCAGUUUCACAGCCAACGACUGAUCUCUCCCAAUGGGACAAGCUCACUGAGUACGUCACUAACUGCUUUGAGCGGUCAGCAAAACGACCAUACUAUGUGGAUGUCAAGUCCGACAUGGGCAAAGAGAUUUCCAACCUCCUCAGGAUGGACCUGGACAAGAUUCAUGUCGUCUAUGCACCAACCACGAGGAGAACACCUGUGAACACGACCGGCUGGUCGACUCGAGCUGCCUACCUGUCUCAUGCAGACGGUACACGGGCCAUUGAGAUCGAAGAUGUUGGUGACAUUGUCUUUCCAAGGCAGACAGAUCCUUCUUCAUCCACGACGGCCAUUCCUGGACUUGUGACGGACAUCAGCUUCCCAGGAGCCAAAGAAGUGACGCAAGAUGUCAAGCGAGCCAUUGCCAGGGCAAGAUCAGCGCAUCCAUCAUCAAGACAGCCUCGCCCGGCAGCUAUGCCGCGCAUGCAAGCUGGACAGUUCAAUGAUGAAGUACAGAUGGACGUCUUCUUUGGAAGGACUCUCAACAGCACCACCUUCGGCGUCCUUGGCAUUGUGGACAGAGCAACUGGCUUGGAGCAGGCUGUGUUGAUGGAUGAUCGAACCUCCGAGAACAUGUUCACCCUGUUUGAGGAGGCAUGGCUUCGACCGUAUGGCACCCCUGUUCGAGUUCGCUGUGACCCUGACACCAGCUUCAAGGGGUUCUUUGAGCGGAAGCUUCAAAGCUUGGGAUGCACAGUUGAACAUUGUCCACCUGAAGCUCACCACGUCAUCGGCAUGGUGGAACGUCGCAAUGCAGUUCUGAGGCUGACGCUGGAAAAGGUCAUCGACCACAUGGGAGUUGUGGACAAGCGAGAUGUCAAGACAGCUCUCACUGCGACCGCCCAUGCAAUGAACAACAUGUGCCUUUCACGAGGCCGGACGGCCUACCAAGCAGUGUUUGGUCGCCAACCUCGACUACCAGACAAUGUCUUGGAAGAUGAAACUGUGCUUGCCUCUUCCUCACAGGUCUACAACCCUGUGGAUGAGGAGACAGACAAUCCGGCACUACGUGCUGAGAUGGCUCGUUGCGAGGCCAUCAAAUGCCUGGCUGACAUGAAUGCCAGUCAGUCUUUGCGAAGGGCACUUGUGAGGAAGACUCGCAUCACGAAGGUUCCGGACGUGAUGCCUGGGCAGAGAGUGGCAAUAUGGAGAUGGCAGAAACGUGGAGCAAAGAAGCGAGGUGCUUGGACUAUGUGCAGGUUCCUCUCGUGGGAUCCAAGUCACCCUGGACGGCAAGCUUGGGUUCGGUUGGGCUCUACUACUGUCCUGACCACUGCGGAGCAAAUGAGGACCGCCUUUGGCUUUGAGCAGUGGACUCCUGAUGAAGAAGAUAUAGCGGCCCUAAAGAAUGCCACGACCCAGUUUCAAGAGAGCCUCCUCGACGACCAACGUGGUCCUCCUCCAAAGGAGAUCGAUGAACUCCCAGCGGUUGACGAGAUUGCUGAAGCUUCAACACAAACACCUGUGAUGACAGCUCUCCCAUCGGCAGCUGCAGCACCUGCAACGCCUGAGAUCGAGCAGAUUCCACCAAGGACUGUCACAGUCAAUGUUGACAGCCCCACAAACAUAUACAAGCAGAAGCACGCAGCAGUCAAUGUCUACCAGCCUUGCACACUGAACCAGCAUCUCUUCAUGAAGUACAACCUCACGAAGAACAAGGAGUCCAAGCAGAUGGAUCGAGAGAUCCCUUGGCGGCAGAUUCUUCAACUUCCACCGGCCAUGAUCGACAAGUACCUUGCGGCCAUUGACAAAGAGGCCCUGUCUUGGGAAGAGUGGCGAUCCAUCCGUCCGCUCACACGGGAGGAAGCCUUGGCAGUCUACAAGGACAAGAUGCUUCGACAUCGCGUCAUGAGAUCCCGUGCCCUCUACCGGGACAAGAACUGUGGCCAAGGAACAGUCACAGAGAUGGUUCUCUACUGCCUCAUCGUGGCUGGUCACAACCGCGAGCUCUUUGACACCGACCACGAAUGGGUGUCUUGGUCAGGAGACGCUGCAACGGCAUUCCUCCAAGGCAAACAGGAGGACAGUGAACGACCAGCUCCACUAUACAUGAAGGCUCCAGCUGAUGGCUUGAUCGCCAUGACCUCACGAUCAAAAUGCGCGCUCUACCAGAUCCUGGGCAACGUCUACGGCCUAGCGAAUGCUCCAGCUCUCUGGACAGGUGAAGUCUCCAAGAGAUUGUUGGGCCUGGGCUACACCAGGCACGUCUUCGACCAGAUGCUCUUCUACCUGGUCAAUGAGGCUAAUCAGAUUGUCAGCCUGGUGAUGAUUUAUGUGGAUGAUUUUUUGGGUCUCCACACAAAAGACCAUGACGUCUCGGCACUGCAGAGCCUCUUCAAGUGGGGCGAGAUCCACACCUUCAGCCCCGACAGCAAGAUCACCUUCAAAGGCAAGACCUUGGAGCUGAAGAAGAAUGAAGCUGGGCGCUAUGUCAUGGACAUCACAAUGGAGAAGUUCAUCCAAGGCCUUUCGCCUGGAGUCAUCCCUAAGGGCAGGCUUCAAGAAGAUGAGCUGCUGUCACCAGCUGAGUUCCAGGAGUUCCUGUCAGUAUCCGGUUGCUUGCAGUGGGCUGCAACUCAAGCCCGACCUGAAGUCGCACCAGCGCUGAGCUUGGCAAAUCAUGGAGCGCUCGCAACCAUCCAUGACCUCCGCAGCCUCUAUGAGUCCCUCUCCUACCUCAAAGAAACGCCUUCUGAGGGCAUCAGGAUUCAGGACGUGGCUGUGGGCAAAGCAACGUGGGUCCUCACGUUUACGGAUGCCUCAUGGGCUAAUGCCCAAAGAAGUGGAAGCCAGAUCGCAGUGAUCACUGGCUUGACCUCUGAGGAGUGCAAGGUUCGACCAGUUCCCUUUGCACUUGUGGACUGGCGCUCGGCUCGGAGCGCUCGUGUUUGCCGCUCCACCUGCGCUGGCGAUGAGGGCAGCGAUCGCGGCAGCUACCUGAACAUGUUCCUCAGCGAACUGACGCAUAGGUGUCCUGCUCACCAGGCAGGUUUGAGGUUGAACUACCUCCAAGCCACAGACUCAAAGAGUUUGUAUGACGCUGUGGUACAGCCCAAUCCGUCACUGACGGAUCGCCGCUCGUUAGUGAAUGUGAGGGCCAUGCAGGAAACCCUGACCCCUUUGAACAUGCAUUGGGUCCCCACAUGGCUGCAGUUUUCGGACGGCCUCACGAAGGCCAGUACAGUGCUCAGGGCCACCUUCAGGAAGUGGCUGACCGCACCUUUUGCGGCGCUGGCAGAUCACGCUGAUUUGCAAGACUGGAAGGAGAGCUCCUUUGCUGCUGCCGCUGGAGCUGGAGAAACAGCUCAACGGAUAUCUGCGGCGGCAGGAGAUUCAGGAACCUUGCAGGCGCAGAAAGCUGCAGAAGCUGCAGCAGCAGCUGCUGCUGCCUGUGGUUUGAAUGCUGAGCAUCAGGUCAAAGCAGCUGCAGCUGCUGCUGCAGACGCUGCCUUGCAGGCCAAAGUGCAGGAGAAUUCGCUUUGCAGCAUUGGUCUGGGACAAACCAAGCUGUGUUCUGUCCAUUUCAGCAUCGAUGAGGCCACGACUGCAGAUCUCAUAACGAAUGCCAAGGGUGCGGCAGCAGCUGCCAACGCUGCGGCUUCUGGUGCCAGCCUUCAAGAUCAAGUCGCAGCCGCUGCGCAGGCAGCUUUCGCUGAAGCGGUGGCGCAAGGACUUUUGGAUACCCAGCAAGCAAUUUUGGCAGCAGCAGCGGCGGCUGCAGCAGUUUUCCAAGACCAGGUUCUUUCGUAUGACAGCAGCUACACAUGCUCCGAUGGUGCUGCUUGUGCAGGGAACCAGUGCUGCUCUGCAAGCGAGGCUUGCCCCUCUGCUCAUCCCGCUUUUAAUCAAUGUGGCAACAGCCAUGCUCUGGUGCUAGCAGAUGGGCAGAUAGCAGCUGCAACACAAUGGGCGACAGAAAUCGCAGGCCAGGUGGGUCUUGCUUCCGUGAAGUUUGACUUAGGAGCCCAAGCAGCUGGAGAGGCAGCAGCCGAAGCUUCUCGGGAACGAGGCGACAACUGCACGGAGCAGGCCACCGCUGCAGGGAUGGCUGCAGCAGCUGCAGCAGCCAAUGGCAACCUUACUGCCCGGGAGCAGGUUGCCUUGGCAGCAGCCGCUGCAGCAGCAGCUGCUGCCAGAUCCAGCGCUUUAAACGGCAAUUUCGAGUCUUCCACAAAUUGCUCUUCCAAACAGGGUCAGAUGGAUGCUGCGGCGAGAAUAGCAGAAGCAGUUGCUCGUGCAGCUGGUUUGCCUAUAGAAGUUGUUCAAGCAAUUCUUGAUGCCGUGAGAGCAGCCGAAUGGGAGGCCACACAUCCCAGCAACAGAACCACCACAUACACCUCUACUUCAUCCACUGUGACUUCCACAACAACACUUCCUGUGGUCAUAUGCUUGCCAGAUGAAUCAGAUUGUAGCCACUAUAUGCUACACUCUCAGAGGUGUCAAGCAAAUUGCACCAACGAGGACGAUAUCCUCUCUGGCUAUCAAACAUGCAUCAUAACUUCCAAUACAUCUGCUCGGUAUUAUGGAACCUCAUAUUGCAUUGGAGCGAAUGACCCUGCAGUAGCCCAGGAGCAGCGAGACUAUGUGCUCGGCAGUGUGACAGUCAAUGUGAAUAGCACCACUCCAGUCACGACAGCCAAAGCCCGGGAGGCCUUAGCGUCUCUGAUAGGCAUCCAUCCAGAUCAAAUCGAGGAGCUGAAUGCCACCCUAGUUGGGGACUCCUCAGAUGGUUCUUCGUCCUAUGUCGUUGACUAUGUGAUCAAGACAUGGAGCUUGGAGGAAGCCCAACAACAAGAUCCCACAGCUACUGACGUCAUCAGCGCAUCGUCAAUCCUGUGGUACUCCUAUGCUGUGAGGACGCAGGCCAGCGCCUUUUU